UUCAAAGUCAAAACUCGACAAAGGGUAACAGCAAAGCAAAUCAUAUUAAACAUGUUACUUUCCUUGUGUACUCAAAAUUAACAACGGCAACAGAAUCCCUGAAAGUGCCGAUUCUUUUAGUGACCAAGAAAGAAGAAAAAAAUUGUGAUCUCCAACGUGAACACUAGAGCAACAUGAUGACAGGCGAGGAACUGAUACAAAAGCUUGAAGACUUAACCAAGAACGCCCAACAUCACCAGUUGGAGACUCUCCGUUCGAUCCUUCUUCACAAUGGCAACGUACGCUAUCUCCAACCCUUCAAGGCUCCUCUUCAUCCCUCCACUUUCACACGUCUCGUGCCCUUGUCUUCCUAUCAAGACUACGUUGACUUCAUCAACCUCAUGGCAGAAGGGAAAGAUGACCCUUUUCUCUCCGUUGACCCUCUCUUAUGCUUCUUCUACAGCUCAGGAACAAGUUCAAGCACCAUGAAACCGAAAUUGAUCCCUUACUUUGAUUCAAGCCUUUCCAAAGCAGCUUCCUUUAUUGGUCAUCGAGGCAGUGUUGCUAUUCGUCAAAGGCUAUUUCCUCCAAGGCCAGAAGUGAACAAGAUCCUAUGGUUUCUCUAUGCUGACAAUAUUACUACUACUAAAUGUGGCUUGAAAGUUAUGGCUGCCUCCACAUACCCUUUGCAAAGUGGUAAUGCCACCCCUCAACAACUUGCUACCUUUUCCAGUCCCCUAGAAGUGAUUCUUGGGUCUCAUGUUGAGCAUCAAUUGUACUGCCACCUUCUAUGUGGCCUUAGGAAUCUUGAACUUAUAGAUGGAAUCACAACCCCUUAUGCCAUUGGCUUGAUCAAAGCAUUUGGUUUUCUGGAGUCCAAGUGGGAGCAACUAUGUGAUGAUCUAGACCAUGGAUUUCCAUGUAAUGAAAUUUCAGAGGUGGCAAUGAGGGAAGCUGUAACUAAGACUCUUGGUGGACCUCAGCCAGAAUUGGCAAAGAGAAUAAGGUUAAUCUGUGAAGGUAACAACUGGGGUGGAAUUGUGUAUAGAUUGUGGCCAAACAUUCGUUACAUAAGGUGUGUUACCACUGGAAGCAUGAAGCAGUACUACCAAAAACUCAAGUAUUAUGCAGGAGAGGUACCUAUUUUAGGAGGGGAUUACUUUGCUUCAGAGUGUUGUGUGGGUAUAAAUUUAGACAUAAUGCAACCUCCUGAGACAACACGGUUUGUGAUGCUUCCAACUGCUGCCUACUUUGAGUUUCUUCCAUUUAAGAUGAAUGAGGACAAUAUUGUUAAUAAGGAAACAGUGGAUCUUAGUAGUGUGGAGGUUGGGAAGAUGUAUGAAGUGGUUGUUACUACUUAUAGAGGAUUUUAUCGCUACCGUUUGGGCGAUAUAGUGAGAGUUGUUGGUUUCCAUAACUCAUCUCCACAAGUAGAGUACGUAAUGAGAGCACCUAAAACUCCUGCUGAGAUUGUGACUGAGAAAGACUUGAUUUCGGCUGUUGAAAAUUUUCAACUUGCACUUAGAGGUGCUAUGAGAAUUGAGAUUGUCGAGUUUGCAAGUUUCUUGGACCAGGAGUCAAGACCUAAGCAGUUGAAGGUAUUUGUGGAAGUCCAAGAGGAAUCUAACUUUUUGGAGGAUAAACUGGAGGAAUCAGUAAAAAAAUUUAGAAGUUGUAUCUCCUCUCUCGAGAGUGGCUUGGGAGCUAUGUACAAGGUGCAAAGGGAUAAAGGUCAACUAGGAAACUUAGUGAUAUUCAUCAUAAGGCCUGGAGCUUUUGAUCAAUUAUCAGAAUUAGCCAUUAAGAAUGGAACAUCAGCUAGUCAAUAUAAACCACCCAAGAUUAUACGGAAUCAUGAAGUUGUCAAAUUAUUGGAAAAUUUAGCCUUUGUGACAGCUUCACUGGAUGACUAAUAAUAUUUAGUGAAUGAAAUGAAUUUCUACCAAUAACGCUAUCCCCACCCUCUAAAAUUCAACUCUUUUGAGAAUGAUCUAUUUCAAAGAUUAGUGAUUACAUAAACAUAAGUGUAAUAGAAAGAUUAGUUGUUUGGGGUACAAGUCAAUGCAUGUUUUCAAGAGGUAAGUUUCCAAUUGGGGCAUAAGUGUAAUAGAAACAUUAUGUUUAGGGAUGCUUUGAUAUUCUGUCAAAUUCGAAAGGGGGAGGGGGACAUUCUACAUUUGUUGUUUUGGUGUUUAAGUUUACCUUGUAAAUUGGUUACAUGUAAACCAUUUCAUUUCAAUAAAUCUUAGUUCUUAAUUUGAAU